GCCGCCGCCGCUCCGCCCUCACCACUGCCGCCGCGCCCGUUCCUUUGUCCUUCCUUCGGUUCCUCUCCGGUGCUUCUCGCCGUGUCCCGGGGUUUGUAGGGGUCGUGCGGGGUCGCCAUGGGCCGCUCGUCCAAGGACAAGCGCGACAUUUACUACAGGCUGGCCAAGGAGGGCGGCUGGAGAGCGCGCAGCGCCUUCAAACUGCUGCAGCUGGAGGAGCGCUUCCAGCUGUUCGAGGGGGUCACCCGGGCCGUGGAUCUCUGUGCUGCCCCCGGGAGCUGGAGCCAAGUGCUGAGUCGGCACCUCAGGGGGUCCGAGGGCUCCCCGCCCCGGGUGGUGGCCGUGGAUCUGCAGGCGAUGGCGCCGCUGCCGGGGGUGCUGCAGAUCCAGGGGGACAUCACCAAGGCCUCCACAGUGCAGCAGAUCCAGCACCUGUUGGAGGGGCACCCCGCUGACCUGGUGGUGUGUGAUGGGGCCCCCGACGUAACGGGGCUGCACGACCUGGACGAGUACAUCCAGGCCCAACUGCUGCUGGCUGCUCUGAACAUCACCACUCACGUCCUGAAGAAAGGCGGCACCUUUGUGGCCAAGAUUUUCCGGGCCAAGGACGUGUCCCUGCUCUACUCGCAGCUGCGCCUCUUCUUCCCCGAGGUGAGCUGCGCCAAACCGCGCAGCAGCCGCACCUCCAGCAUCGAGGCGUUCGUGGUGUGCCGUGGGUUCAGCCCCCCCGAGGGAUUCGUGCCCUCCAUGGACAAUGCGCUGCUGGAGCCUGGCGCAGGCCUGGCCCUGGCCCAGCUCUCGGGCCCCUCCCGUAUCAUCGUUCCGUUCGUGGCCUGUGGCGACCUGAGUGCCUUCGACCCCGACCGCACCUACCCACUGCAGCUGGACCCCGCCCAGCCCUACUCAUACACACCCCCCCCAGCCCCCCCCAUCGCCCCCCCGUACGCACAGGCCUGCCGCCUGCGAAGGAGGGGGGAGGGGGUUGAGGGGGAGCCCGAAACGGGGACUGGGGAGCCUGAAACUGGGACUGGGACCUGGACUGGGACCUGGACUGGGACCUGGACUGGGACUGGGAUUGAGACUGGGACUGGGACCUGGACUGGGACUGGGACCUCUGUGAAGGUGAGAGGGAGCAGAGAGCGAGGAGCCCCGUGUGAGGAAUGGGAAGGAGCCGCGUGCGGGGACACGAGUGAGCCAGGACCCACUUGGGACAUGAGCGUGCGAGGAGCUGCACAGACGAGUGUGCAGGGAUCUGAGCCGGAGGGGACGAGUGUGCAAGAACCCCUGAGCGAGGGGGAAGGAGCCAUGUGUGAGGAGCUGCAACAUCUCCGUCUGCUGGACUGAAAUUUGGGGGUGUGAGAGAACCCUGUGGGUGUGCAAGAAUCUCUGUGGGUGUGUAAUGAUCCUCAUGGAUGUGUAAGGACUCCUGUGGGUGUGCAAGAACCUCCAUGGGUAUGCAAAAACCCCUCAUGGGUUUCCAAAAAUCCUCAUAGGUGUGCAAGGAUCUCUGUGGCUGUGCAAAAAUCCCCAUUGGUGUGCAGGAUCCCUCAUGGGUGUACAAAGCCGCCCUGCAGGUGUGCAAGAACCUCCAUAGGUAUUCAAAAACCAUCAUGGGUGUGCAAAACCAUCUGUGGGUGUGCAAAGACCUUCAAGGGUGUCCAAAAACCCUCGUGGGUGUGCAAGAUCUCUAUGGGUGUUCAAAAACUCUCAUUGGGGUGCAAGAACCUCCAUGGUUGUGCAAGAACUCUCUAGAUUUCCUAAAACCCCUAUAGGUGUGCAAGAUCCUUCAUGGGUGUGCAGGAACAAGGAUCUCAACGGGUAUCCAGAAAUCUCCAUGAGUGUGCAAGAUCCCUCAUAGAUGUGCUACAACUUCUGGGGUGUGCAAUAACCAUCAUGGGUAUCCGAAAACGCCAUGGGUGUGCAAGAAUGUUUAUGGGUGUCCACAAACCCCCGUGGUGUGCAAGAACCCCCAUGGCUGUGCAAGAACUGUGAUGGGUGUGCAAGGACCUCCAUGGGUAUCCAAAAACUCCAUGGGUGUGCGAGAACCCUGUGAGUGUGCAAAGACCUUCAAGGGUGUGCAAGGACCCUCAUGGAUGUCCAAAAACCCCUGUGGGUGUGCAAGAACCAUGAUGGGUCUGCAACAAAUUUCAUAGCUAUCCAAAAACUCCAUGGGUGUCUAAAAACCCUUGUGUAUGUUCAGGACCCCCCUGGGUGUGCAACCCAUGGCCCCCCAGUGCUGCAGCCCCUCCCCAGGACCACCCCCCCAUACACACCCCUGUGCCCCCCAAUAAACCCCCUCAUUCUCACA